UAACACCAGGCCAAGACACUAGAGAAAGAGAAAGGAUUUUCUUUCUUUCUUUGUAUAUAAUUGUUAGAUAGUAUGAAAUGAACAUGACAAAUUACCCAUACAAAUCAUACAAAGUGGUCCUCUUCAAUUGAUAGUUUUGAUGCCCUACCUCACUCCCUUAUCCUACACACCCAUAUGUCCCUCCCAUCUUCUUUAACCUGCGCACCCUUUUUCUUUAUUUCUUUGAUUUUUAUUUUCUUUUUUCUUUUUUCUAAUGCAGAAACAGGCCCACAUAACAAGAAGAUUUGAAUGCACCACCCAUUAAACAUUCUUUCUUCACUAUUAUCAUUCCAUUUUGAUUCAUUGAACUGAAAGCUCUUAUUUUCCUUUCACAAAAGAGAAAAAAAAAAAAAAAGGAUAGAAAAGAAAAGAAACUAACUAAAAGGCUAUCAUUUUUGAACCAAACCCAUCAUGGAAAGUGCAACAAUUACUUGGAGCAGAGAAGAAGAUAUAGCUUUUGAAAAUGCAAUUGCUACUCACUGGAUUGAGGAUGAUUCCGAAGAGCAAUGGGAAAAGAUAGCUUCAAUGGUACCUAGUAGAAAUAUUGAAGAACUGAAACAACACUAUCGAUUACUAGUAGAGGAUGUUGAUGCUAUAGAGGCAGGAAAUGUACCACUUCCUAAUUAUGUAGGAGAAGAAACAACAUCUUCAUCGUCUAAAGAUUCUCACGGAUUUUCUGGCGCAGUGACUACAGAUAAAAGAUUGAAUUGUGGUUUCGGAAGUGGGUUUAUGGGAUUAGGACCUAACUCUUCAGGACAUGGAGGAAAAGGAGGAUCCAGGGCAGACCAAGAAAGAAGAAAAGGUAUUCCAUGGACAGAAGAAGAGCAUAGGUUGUUUCUACUUGGUCUUGACAAGUUUGGCAAAGGGGAUUGGAGAAGCAUAUCAAGGAACUUUGUUCUAUCAAGAACUCCAACACAAGUGGCCAGUCAUGCUCAGAAAUACUUCAUUCGACUGAACUCAAUGAAUAGAGAUAGGAGGAGGUCUAGCAUCCAUGACAUUACUAGUGUGAAUAAUGGAGAAGUAUCUUCACAUCAAGCACCAAUUACAGGACAACAAGGUAACACAAACCCAGCAGCUGGUGCUCCUGCUAUGGGAUCUGCAGUGAAGCAUAGGGCUCAACACCAUAUGCCUAGUAUAGGCAUGUACGGUGCACCAGUCGGGCAUCCGGUUGCUGCUCCUCCAGGUCAUAUGGCAUCAGCUGUUGGAACUCCUGUUAUGCUUCCUCCUCCUGGACACCAUCCACAUCCUCCUUAUGUUCUUCCUGUUGCUUAUCCAAUGCCACCACCACAGACGAUGCACCAAUAGUGAUGUAUUCAUUAGCUCCAAAAGAGACAUUUUUUUUGCUGAGUAUUAUAGUAGAGAUUUAUUGAUGAAGAGUAACAAUAGAAUAAGCAUGUAAUUCCCUCGGUCAGAUUCUAUACUAGAUGAUAAAUUUGUCACUCAGAUAUGUAUUUAUACUAAUCUAAACUAUUUAGCAUAUGCAACAGAAUAAGAAACGACUGGCCAA